CAGCAGCAGCAGCAGCAGCAGCAGCAGCAGCAGCUGCUCCGCUGACGCCACGAUUCUGCUGAGGCUUGAACCAGAAAAUGGACGCUUCCUGCCACCUCGCCGUGUCUCUGUAGAAGCCAGCUGCUCUUUCACCGACUCCACCUGAGGAAUUUAGACUUUUCUAUGGUUUUCGUACCAACUGAGUCGGGAAUCUUCCCCUCACAAAACGCCGGUGUCUAUCGAAGUGCGUCUGUUUUGGUUUGGAAGCUACACAGCCGGCUAGGUGGCUAAUGCUAGCAGCAGACAGUGGGCUGUCAAUUUAGCUAGCUAACAAGAAGCUAGCGCGAAGAAACCUUUACGUUGGGACCAUAAAUUAUUCCCAGUGAUCUGUUUUUUUUGGGGCGGAAUGUCACAGGUGGGAGUCGGAGCAAAGGCUCAACCUUCAGGCAUGGCCCGGCUCUGAGCUGGAUGCUGCUGGUGAUGGCACAAGGGGCUGACAUUGGCGAAAUGCCCUCCUUUGACCCGAGGUCCAGUUCAGAAGCAAAGAAGAGAUCCGCUGGUUCUUGUUUUGAUGCAAGAGAUGAGCCCAUGAGAAAAAUGCCGGUGACAAAGUUCGGUGGCAGACCUCGAUUUGAGCCUGUUCAGUUUGUCAGUGGUGGAACCAGUGCAGGCACGGGUACUGAUGAGAAGGAGAACGAUAAGGAGCGAAGGAAGAGUGAGUCUCACGGCAUAAGGCCGUGGGACUCUCAGCCGUCUUAUGGCAGCGGCGGCAGAUUGCAGGACUUCUAUGAUCAAGGCCUGCGGCAUCCGUCAGACUCCUGGGGUUCACACAGAGACGGUGAUGGAGAUGUUUUCUCAGGUAGUGGACUUGGUUAUGGAGGUGGGGGAUCCUCAAACUUCAUGGCCAAAACACAGCAGGAAUACACAGCCAAAUAUGAAGCCCAUGCCUCCGGCUGUAGCUUAGAUUCUUACGCCCAGCCUCAGAGGUACAAUGGAUAUGGCAGUGGGAACAGAAAAGGAGGCUGGGAUUCUGGAGGUCAGGGUUUGGGGUACAGUAAUCAGUACAGGCCGUCAUCAAGCAGGCCAUUUAGCAAAAUCUACAACAGCCUGGGCAGAAGCCCUCAGAGCACGAUCCAUUCCGGGUCCCUGCAGCCCCAUCCAAUAUCUCAAUCAACGCUCGAUGAAAAGCAGAGGCUGAUUUUCAGUGUGUCUAAUGCAAUGGCUGCAGUGCUUAGGGACCCUGUGUUGCUGACUGGAAGUGACACGCCAAACUAUAACUUUAUGUUGAGCCGCAGCAUCCAGGCCUGCAAAACAAACCCAGAGUACAUUUAUGUCAACCUGAAGGAUAUUCCUCAGGCUGACCUGCCAAAGAACAGGAAGGUACCAGCGGAUGGCUACGCUUGCGAACUGAGAUGUCAGGGGGUUUAUCUCGCUACUGGGUACUCCGGCAGUAAAAACGGAGCCAGGGACAGAGCUUCUGAGCAGGCUGUGAAGCUUUUCCUGAAACCAGUGGAGGUCCGUGUUGUGCAGCGUAAAUACAGACACGGAACGGUGAACGACAUGGUCGUGUGCCAGGCUUACGCCCCGACGCCAGCUCUCGUUCCAGCACUACGAAGCCCAGACGAUAAAUCUGCGCCCAGCUCGAAGGGUCAGUUUGAACCCGACAGAGGUAAACACUGGUCAGAAUUUGUGGUCAUUGAUAACGCUCACGACGCGAUCUGCAUAUUAAACAACUCUGCCGCUUUCAAUCGGAUGAAGAUAGACUACAGGUUUGAUCCCAUACCCAGCAACGGAAUGUGGAUGUGCAGCGUUUUUGUGCAGGGUGAGAUGGUAGCACAGGCAACGGGGACUAAGAAGAGCUCAAAGCAUUCUGCAGCUGAAGAAGCUGUGAGGAAACUUCGUAUGAACCAAGCACAUCGACAAAGGCACCACCAGCACAAACCAGAGCCACCGCACAUAGGAGGAAACAAUCGCUCUGACUACGGUGGGGUUUUCGGACAGCAAGCGGGCCGAAAGAAGCAUUUGAGUGAACUGGUGAUCUUGGAAAACUCUGACAAUGCAAUUUGUAUAAUCAAUGAUACUGCUCAGUUCAAUAAAGUAACUGCGGAUUACAAGUUUUCAGUUCUACAAGAUCAUCGCUGGAGGUGUGAAGUUUACCUUGAAGGACAGUUUGUCGCUGCAGGAAUCGGGCCAAAGAAAACAGUAAAGCACAUUGCAGCGCAGGAAGCGUUGGCCACCUUGAAGCAGACCCAGGCCGUGGUCAAAUCCAACUUGUGGAAGGAAGGACACAGCGAUGCAAUAUCCCGCUCUCAGAUCCUGGCUCGCUCGAGCGAGGAGGCCAUGAGGCAGGAGAUAAAGGAGGACAAUAUUGGAAACCAGCUGCUCCGGAAGAUGGGCUGGAAGGGAGGCGGGCUGGGCAGAGACGGGGAAGGCAUCGCAGAGCCUAUCCGAGUCAAGGAGCAGUUUUCCAGGGAAGGGUUGGGCAUGGACACGGACAAGGCGGGGACUCAGUUAAACAAGCGCGACAUUGAGGAGAUCAUUCGGAACUACGCCACCUCCGACCGCCAGGACGACCUGCGCUUCUCCACAGACCUCACCAAUGACGAACGCAAGCAGAUUCAUCAGAUAUCUCAAAAAUAUGGUUUACGUAGCAAAUCCUAUGGACAGGGGUGGCAGCGGUUCCUGGUUGUGAGUCGAAAAGUUCAUAAAGACCAGCUGAUCGAUCAGCUGCUACAGGAAGGACAGGUGGGACGAUACGAGCUUGUUAAACCUCAGGCCUCCCACUGAAGUCCCAUCGUCAUUACAUGGAACCACUCUGGUCUAACUUCUAGUGCAGCUGCACUUUUGUGUACUCUUUGUGUAGCAAAUUUCCAUUACGUUGAUUAGCAGCAACAGUUUUUGCAUUCCUUAAAUACUUUAGCAGGAGACUGUAAGAUGAAUAUUCUUUUUUCCUUCAAUUUCUGAGCUUAAUGUCAGUACUUUAUCAAUUGCCUUAGCUUCAGUUAUGUUGCUUUUGUCACCAAAAUCAAUGUUUGUGAAUAUUUCAUAAUCUGGUGGCAGAAUAAGAUGGUUGAAACAUUGUGGACAAGUUACCAUUAACGUGAGGAUUAAAACAGCAUUAUCUCUUAACCGUAGCUAACAGUCUCCUACCAGUCGCACUGUAAUAAAUCUGCAAUAUCUUUUUUAUUAACACCUCAAUAUCAUCCAGUGAGCUGCACUAGAUAUGAAAAACCCUCCAAACUGUGAUCUUUGUUAAAUGUGUUUGAGUAUAGUUGACCUGUCUGCUCAUUUUCACAGCUGUAAGUACAGAAAACAAUAAAACGGGAAGUCAUUACUGAA